AUGAGACAGAGCGAUAAUCGGAUGUAUCCUUCUUUCUCUCUCCCUCUUUCAUUUUUUCUGUCACGUUACGGGGACGAAUUGGAAGAAAAGAAAAAGGAACGGCUUGAAAAGUUUGGAGAAUUUUGGGAUUCAAAAAUUUUGAGAACAAUGGAAAUUGACAAAAAAAAGGAAAACAGUAGCGAAAAAAAAAACAAAUUUCGAAGCUACCAGAAUAUUCUACGGUUCAGCUUUUCUAACUCGAAUACCACAACCAAAACAACAUUUGCGCAAUGGAAGAGAAAAUGGGUGAACGUAGAACGGUUCAGCGUGCGAAAUAGCGUAAGAAUUGGAGGGAAGCUGAGAAACAGAGAAAAGAAGGACAAGGACACAAGGGAAAGACGGAGUACAGAGGAAGAGGGAGAGGGCAAAUCGAACUGUUACAAGUUCGAACUGGUAAGGAGUCGAACUGUCCCAAAUUGGAACUUCGAAGCCGACCGUCGUUCGAUCAUCAUCACCAUCAACUCCUUCGACACCGAGUUGAGCAAGGACGAUCGUCAAAAGUUGUAUCCACGUUGCGGAAAACUCUACCCAGAUGGACUUAACAGUCUGUCUCGUGCUGAUGAUUACGAUCAAGUGAAACAAGUUUGUGAAUUCUAUUCCGACUACAAGCCACUUUUCGAAGGAUCUGGAAAUGGACCAGGAGAGAAGACUUUGGAGGAUAAGUUCUUCGAGCAUGAGGUCAAACUUAACGUACACUCCUAUCUUCAUCAAUUUCACUUUGGAGUCUUCUACGCAUUCAUCAAACUGAAGGAGCAAGAGAUGCGUAACAUUAUCUGGAUCGCCGAAUGCAUCUCCCAACGACACCGCACCAAGAUUGACAACUACAUCCCAAUUCUGUAA